CGUCAGCUCCGACUACGCAUUGAGGAGUGCGGUGCUCCCGAACGAAAUCAUUCUUUGGAGUAGAACGUUAACGUCUAUUUUUGUAGUUGUAUGUUUAGUGAACGUACGCAUGUGGACUCACAUUGUUUUCCGAAGACUUGCCGAAGGAUUCCCCUGUGUCCACAGACGUCGCGCGUUUUCGACUGUAACGCUACUGUCCAUGUCCAUUUAGUGGACCAGAUCUGCCGGUGGCUGUGUGAGAUCAGGAGGGCUGAGAGAGGACGCAGAGCACGCCACCCCCAGCCCCUCCGUCUCCCAGGGCAACAGGGCAGACAUCCCAGCCCCUCCGUCUCCCAGGGCAACAGGGCAGACAUCAGCAUCUCCUCUGGCGGCCGGGAUCAGUGGGACUCCUCGCUGGCGGAGCUGACUGUUCUAAAGCCCCUCCUGCCCCCUCCUGCCCCCCCACCCCCCCUGCCCCCCCCACCUGCGGGUGACCUAUGCCAGGCCUUUGGCCCGCUGGGCGCCGGUGCCGAUAAGAGGCUGUGAGCAGGAGAGAGAAGAGCACACAGAGCAGCUGUGCGCCCCGUGAGCUGAGCCGCUCCACGUGCAGAGCUUAAUGCCCAUCAGCACCACCCAUCAGCAGCACACCACAAGGGGGCGCUCUUGCUGCUGAACAUGACGCAUGGGGAGGACGCUGGCCCGGACACGCACCAGGAUUCAGCCGUUCUGACCUAUCUGGAGGGACUACUGAUGCAUCCCGUGGCCACGGCGCCGGGCGCCACGGCAACCAGGAGAUCGGACGCUGACCGCAACGGCAAUGAGGAGCAACGACGGAACCACGCGGCGGCGGCGGCGGCGGCGGCGGCAGCUCAAGGACCAUCGCUGGCCAAUUACGGGCUUGCGCUGAGAGAGAAGGCCAGCCCCCCAGGGGGAGGAGCCAGUCAGCACCUCAAGAAGGCGCGGCUCCUGCGCUCAGGGGCUUGGGGGGCCGUGGGGGACGAGCGGACGAAGGGCCAAUCAUCAGCGAGCCUGAACGGCCAUCUGGCAGGGCAGCAGCAGCAGCAGCAGCAGCGGUCCGGCCAGGACGGGUCUCCGCUGGGGGAGAGCACGCUGCUCGCAUCACUGCUGACCACCUUCAGCUCCAGACUGCAGGGCGUGGCCAUGUCCCAGCAGCCGGAACAGCAGAACUGUGGCGACAAGUGUGCCUCCCCCCCCCCGGGCACACCGCACGACCACAGCACCUCUGAAGCGUACGGCACGGCCUCCAGCCGCCUCAAGGGCCUGGUGAGGAAGAGUAAGAGCCAAAGCCAGAGUCACGACAGCCGGCGAGCCAGCCAGGAUCGUCUCUCGGAGUCGCCGUGCUCCAACGCGAGUGCCGCAGCCCAGCUCAGCCCUUCCGACUCUGCCGUGUCCUGCGCCGAGCGACUGAAGGCCGUGGCGAACUUGGUGAAGACGCGAUCGAGCCCUGCCCCCUCGCCGCGACCCAGCAUGGCGUGCAGCCAGCUGGCCCUGCUCCUCUCCAGCGAGGCCCACCUGAAGCAGUACUCCCGGGAGCAGGUCCUCAAAGCACAACUGGCCGGACAGUCGGCCAGCGAGAGACUGGCAGCCAUAGCCUCGCAGAAGUCCUCCUCACAGGACCCGGGGCCGGCGACCGUGGGAGAGACCCGGAUGCUCUCGGAGGCGGCGAAUGCUACAAACGGCCAGAGCAGAACCUCUCCCCUGGCAUCAGCGAGUGCAACUAGGGGCAGCCCUGCGCUAAGUGCACCACACAACAGCUCAACUAGGGGCAGCCCUGCGCUAAGCGCACCACACAGCAGCUCCACUAGGGGCAGCCCUGCGCUAAGCGCACCACACAACAGCUCCACUAGGGGCAGCCCUGCGCUAAGCGCACCACACAGCAGCAGCAGCAGCAGCAGGGUGGUCUCCCCUCACGCCAGCCCACAGCCCCAGCGGGAGAGACGUCUCCUGGACAAGAGCGGCACCAGGCCCCCUCAGAGCGGCACCAGGCCCCCUCAGAGCUGCAGCAGCCUCCUCCUGCUCCUGCUCAACAACCACAACUCCCAGAAGCAGCUCACCAGGAACGGGCACCUGGAGGAGGAGCAUGAGGAAGAGGAAGAGGAAGAGGAGGACGAGGAAGAGGAGCGCAUCCCCCCCUGCCACGGACCCUCUCUCCUGCUGGACCACUGGGUCCGAUCAGACCAGUACUGCAGCCCGACCAGAUCCAGCAGCGAUGUGGAGAGCUGCUACUCCAGCUGCUCCCCCAUGGACCUGUCCAUGCACACCAGAGUGCCCAGCCACGAAUCAGCACCCCCCUCCGCCUCCUCGUCCUCCUUAGUACCCCCCUCCGCCUCCUCCUCCUCCUUAGUACCCCCCUCCGCCUCCUCCUCCUCCUUAGUACCCCCCUCCGCCUCCUCGUCCUCCUUAGUACCCCCCUCCGCCUCCUCGUACUCCUUAGUACCCCCCUCCGCCUCCUCGUCCUCCUUAGUACCCCCCUCCGCCUCCUCGUACUCCUUAGUACCCCCCUCCGCCUCCUCGUCCUCCUUAGUACCCCCCUCCGCCUCCUCCUCUUGCCCGCUGGAUCUGCUCACAGAAACUCUGUUGAACAGGUGGAAGCCGGACCCUCCCAGACCAAAGGUCUCUGAGACCGGGGAGCUGGCUGUCAGCCCAGACACCAAAUCCCAUCAUAAGGUCACUCUCAUGCAGUUACUGUUGGACCGCCAAAACAAUGAGAAGGUUAACAAUGAGAAGGUAAACAAUGAGAAGGUCAACAAAAUCGGAGAUAAUUCAGAUUUGCAGCGGUGUGACGCAACCCUCAACAACCUGCGCACAGACCCACUUGAAGUGAUUGGCGGCACGUAUGAGGACAGCCGCAGAGAAAGCCCUGCUGACUGCCGUAUCGGUGUUGGUCAUGCCAUGACCAGAUUCUCCCUGAACGCAGACUCAAGCGGCAGUCCGUCUCCGUACUCCUUCUCUCCCCAUGUACAGUCUGGUCCUCUGGAUCUGUGUAAGGCCAAAUCCAGCUCCAGUGAAAAAGCCCCUGAGUCCGGUUUCAGUGCCAGUAAACUGCUGCAGAACUUGGCACAGUGUGGCCUAACAAACAUCUCCCCCUCUCCACCACCACCACCUCCACCACUACUGAACCGGAGGACCAGCAAGCGGCCGAGCCCUGACCUACUGCCCAGUCAGCCCUCCGCCCUGCUGGAGUGUCUGAGCCCUCCACCCACACAGAGGAACGGCAGUCCGGCAGCAGAGCCAGUGCUGCACCGCAGUUUCACACCGCACAGACGAGAGUCACCAGUGUCGCCCGCAGCGUCCCAGAUGGAGGCCCUGCUAGAGAGGCGCACGGUGCUGCAGCUGCUGCUGGGGUCGGCGGCCCACGUGGACAGAGCCAGCGGCAGGAGAGGCACAGAGCAGCCAAGCGUCCGUUCGCACGUCCGCUCCCCCGACACCCGUGACUCCUCGCUGGACAUCAAGAUCAAAACGGAGCCAAAAGAAGACGGACAGUUUUCAAGCUCCUCAGAUAAUGACCACAGGCCCCAACACUGGAGCCAUGAGCGCUACGAGAGACACAGGCCCCUCUUUGAGCACCAGGGCGACAUUAAAUCUGAGCCGUGUCCUGACGACAUUGUGUCCAAAUACGGCCUCCUCAGUCAGCUCUUGAAACAGCAGACCAACACCUACAACUCUGGCACACCCUCGGACUACAACUCUGGCACACCCUCGGACUACGACUCCAGAGCCCUGAAGCAGGAGCAGCAGGAGCAGCAGGAGCAGCAGGAGCAUCAUGGAGGCCCCAGUCCCAAGAGGAGGAGGCUCUGUAUGGAGUUAGCAGAGCAGCUGAGCAGUGAGCUGUGGGCCGGGGGCCCCGUGGACUCUUACGAGGGACGUGGGGGCGAGCUGCUGCUGAGCCCCAAGCAGGAGGAGUCUGCAGCCAGGAGUCCCAUCAACAAGCUGCUGCUGAGCCCCAAGCAGGAGGAGUCUGCAGCCAGGAGUCCCAUCAACAAGCUGCUGCUGAUCCCACAGCAGGAGGAGUCUGCAGCCAGGAGUCCCGUCAACAAGCAGCUCCCGCGAGACCACCAGGGCUUCAACGUGCUCAAGCAGCUCCUGCUAUCGGACAACUGCCUAAAGGGCGUGCCCCAGAGGAACAGUCUGAAGGGCGUGUCCCAGGGCAACUGUCUCCAGGGCAACGGUCUGAAGGGUGUCUCCCAGGGCAACUGUCUGCAGGGCAACGGUCUGAAGGGCGUCUCCCAGGGCAACGGUCUGAAGGGCGUGUCUGAGGGCAGUGGGUGUGGCCUGAUGGCCAGCCAGGUCAACGGGAGCCUCCUGCCGCACCAGCUGCACUUCAACCACAAACUCUCUCAGUCGCCAUGGCGACGUGCGUCUCCGAGCCCCUGGCCCGCUGGUUCCGCUGCCCACUGGCUGACCAACGGCAGCAACGGCUCUCACGAGUCACCAAGGAACAAUACCGCCGCUCAGACAACAACAACAACAACAACAACAAGCCCUGGGUCUGUGAAGCAGGAGUGGCCGGGUGCAGACGAGGAGGAGCGGGCGGACGGGUGGGAGGAGGGCUGUGACUCCGCCCCCAGAGCCAACCCCAUCCUCUACUACAUGCUCCAGCGGGGCAAAGGGCAGCUGGGGGCAGCAGGGGACCAGGGGCAGGAGACGGCACGCUGCGAGAUGAACAUCAAGGAGGAAGCAGCAGCCGAUGAGGAGCACCAGUACAAGCACAGACUGAGCUGCCUGCAGUAGCAGUCACGCCCCACACGCUCCAGUCUGAGCUGCCUGAUCACGCCCCACGCGCUUCCAAAACUGCUGAAAGAGCUGGACAGUGAGCAUGGUGGCCAUGGACUGUGGGCAUGGACUGUGGGCAUGGACUGUGGGCAUGAAAGGGUUACUGUUCUAUUAGCUCAUUCCUCGUUUUUUUCUCUUUUUUCUUUGGUUCUUUACCUCUCUUCCUCUUUUGGUUUACUGGUGACGAUCAAUAACGAUCAAACGAUCAAAUCCAAACCUUUUCAAUUCAAAACAAAUAUUUUGUAUUUCAUUGUCAUAGAUUUUGACAUUUUAAAUGAGAUAUUAUUGCCCAAAUGCAGUUUUACAGUCAAAAUCAAACUGUGUAUCCUGAAAUACUUUGUUUCAUUUCUCUUCCUCAUAUUCUGUGAACUAUGGAAAAGGGCACAAAUGUGGCAUGACAACGAAACUAUUUCUAUAACAUCCACUUUCUUAUUGCUUCAUAUCACAGUCAGGGCAUCCACUUUCUUAUUGCUUCAUAUCACAGUCAGGGCAUCCACUUUCUCAUUGCUUUAUAUCACAGCCAGGGCAUUCCACCUUUUUAAAAGUAAGGGACACGUAAACAAUAUUGCAAUGUGAAGCACAACACUACAACAAACAAACACACAAACAAACAAACAGGCAUGUGAGGCAUUAGUGUGAUUCAGCCCCUGGGCAGAAAAUCAUAAUAUUACAUUUACAUUGUUAUAUUUAACAAUAACAACAUAUUUACAUUGUUUUAUACAGAAUCAGGAUAGUGAUCUCAGUCUUUUCAAUUCAGGUAUUUAUUUAUUUCCAACAGCUUUGAAGAGUCCCACAUGACUCCCCCAUAGCCCAACAAAUGAAUCCGUAGAGUCCCACAUGACUCCCCCAUAGCCCAACAAAUGAAUCCGUAGAGUCCCACAUGACUCCCCCAUAGCCCAACAAAUGAAUCCAUAAGAGUCCCACAUGACUCCCCCAUAGCCCAACAAAUGAAUCCGUAGAGUCCCACAUGACUCCCCCAUAGCCCAACAAAUGAAUCCGUAGAGUCCCACAUGACUCCCCCAUAGCCCAACAAAUGAAUCCGUAGAGUCCCACAUGACUCCCCCAUAGCCCAACAAAUGAAUCCGUAGAGUCCCACAUGACUCCCCCAUAGCCCAACAAAUGAA